GCUGGGUUAGGUCAAAUAUUUUUUAAAAAAAUUCCGGCCAGGUCGGGUCGGGCGUAUAACCACCAAAUCGCCGAGCUUAAAAUAGCCAAAACAUCCAAUAACGUCCUCAAAAAAAUGGCCGCCUAAAUUUAAAUAAUGGACUCAAUUUAAAAUUGUAAAUCAAUAAGGAUCACUACACUAGCCAACUAACAGAUUUAUAAGCAUCUUAAAAUUUUUAACAUUUUAAUCACCAAUAAUUCUUCAACACCAACCUGUACACAAUACAAAUGAUUUGAUAACAGAAUCUUUAACUACUCUAAUUUUUAAUCAUCAAGAUCAUGGAAAUAUUCAUGAUAUGCACUCAACCAUUUCACAAAUUAAUUAUUAACAACAUUCACAUGAAAAAAAUAGUCAAAUGAAUUUACAAGAUUAUUCCAGAAUACAAAAUAUUCUAUUUAAAAAAACCCAAAAAAACAAUGAUGUAAUUGUUUAUUUGGGCUAUGACUAUGAAUAUUUAAUAAAGGGGAAUGGACCAAAUUACAUUUACCUAAAGUGCAGAGGUAACUGUGGGGGUCGUGCAAAGCUUUCCUUUGUAGAUGUUGUUGUUACAAAACAACAUAUCCACACUUGUAAAUAUGCAACAGCCAACAGUCCCUAUUCCUUUACAAUGUACAAGAGAUGCAACUCUGCCAGUUACUAUGCCAAGUGUUCCAAUCCCUUUACAAUGUAUUUUACCUACAAACAAGAGUUGCAACUAUGCCGGUUACUAUGCCAAGUGUUCCAAUCCCUUUACAAUGUAUUUUACCUACAAGAGAUGCAAAUGUGCCAAAUGUUACAAUUCCUUUACAAUGUAUUUUAAAAAUUCUAUGAAAAAACUUAUAUUAUUUUACAGCCAAUAUAAGGAUCCUACGAUUUCCUCAAGUACCUACAAGAGUUGCAACUAUGUCGGUUACUAUGCUAAGUGUUCCAAUCCCUUUACAAUGUAUUUUACCUACAAGAGUUGCAACUAUGCCGGUUACUAUGCCAAGUGUUCCAAUCCCUUUAAAAUAUAUUUUACCUACAAGAGAUGCAAAUCUGCCAAGUGUUACAAUUCCUUUACAAUGUAUUUUAAAAAUUAUAUGAAAAAAACUUAUAUUAUUUUACAUUCAAUAUAAGGACCCUACGAUUUCCUCAAGUACAUACAAGAGGUAUCAUGUAGAUGGACCCCGCACAAAUGACCACCUCGAGGGGUUCCAUCAUGCUCUAAAAAGGAAAACCAGCAGUGCACAUCCGAAUGUGUACGUUCUUAUAAAAAUAUUGAUCGAAAAUCAAAAUUCGAACGAUAUUAAACUCUUACAAAUUCAUAAUGGAUCGAUUGUUCGGCGAGCAAAUCGGACUUAUGAAAGAUUAAAUCAUAACAUAGACAAUCUAACGACUAUGUAUGGUAUGAUAGAGUAAUCUUAAAUUUGUUUUCCUUUUUAGACAAAAUAUCAUUUUUGGUAAAUUUUCAAUCAAAUAAUAUAUAUUCAAGUUAUUCUGAUUAAAUUUUACUUAUAUAUUUAAUUGUACAUUAUUAAUUUUGUUUUUUUAAUUAUUUUAUUUAAUACGAUAAUAUAAUAAAUAUUAGUACUUUCUUAUAUUUUUACAAAAUUAUACUUAUUAAAUUGUACAUUAUUACUUUUGUUUUUUUAUUAUAUUUA